AUGUCAACAAUUGAGAAGCAAGUCUAGAAGUAAAGAAAACUCAGCAACGAAUUCGAAUACACAUACAAUUCUACAGAAACCCAUACAAAUUCAUCAUUCUUUGAUGAAGAGAGAAGUUAAGAUUUUUAAGAUUAUAAUUCAUCAGUUGAAGAAGACUUUUAAGAUAUGUGGGAAAUGUCAUCUAUCUGCACAGAGAAUUCUUAAAAUCCACAAUUUAUAGAGGAAAAUCAAGCAAAUAAGAGAAUUACAAAAAGAGCGAAUCCUGUAUAAGCAAUGAGAGAAAGUACCUUUGUUUAAGAAGGAAUUAUUGCUGAUGCUCCUGUGAGCAUUAGUAAAAAUUCUAAAUCUGGCAAGGGCAUUGCCAUUCACGUGCUUGGACAUGGAUCCAUAUGCUACUAGAGUAAAAAGGAAAAAAAAUCAUAAAAAUUACUCAAUAAACAACUUGAGUGCAAUAAUGGGCAACAACAAUAAGAUUAGAAUCAAUAAAAUAAUUAAUAAAGAGAUUAACAACUAGGUCAUUAAUUACCGUAAAGAGGAUCAGGAUAGGAAGAUAAAUAAAUUAAAUAGUGUUAGAAAAUCACACUUUCAUAUUUGUUGAUGGAAAAGGAAGUCGAAAAAUAAGCAAAGAUAAGAGCCAUUAAUUUUAUUGAGAAAUACAUUUCAUAAUAUAAAGUUGAAGAUGUUAUUGAAAUGAUCUCAGAAACCUACAAGGUGUUAUUAGUACCAGAUUAACAAAUGUAACAAUUGGCAGGAGUAUUGACUUAAGAAGAGCGAAAUUUUUAGUUGAAUCUAUCCUUGCUGCGUUUAAAUUUGCCCCAGAAUAUUCAUCCAUUAGCAUCGAAAGCUGAAUCGAAGUUAAGGAAGUAUUUUAUUGGCUAUUGAGAAACAGUUUACAAGACUUGCUAAGGACAAUGAGAGUAUUAUUCAUAAUCUAGAUAGAGCUCUCAUGAGCAUUAUAA